AUGGAGAGGGUCUGCCCAGAAUCUCAAGGCUUGGAAGAUGAUGAUGAUGAUGAUGACAACGAUGACGAAUUCAGCUACCCCUGCCACUCCGCAUGUACUCCACCCCAGUGCAAGAGCCAUGACAGCUCGGGUGACAGUCAGGUGGAGGAUCUGGGGGAACCCAUCCCAUUUUCCCUAAAUCCCAGGCACUCUUACACGGUGAAAGCCGAAGGAGUGAAAAAUAGAAUAUAUGCCAAGACGUUGGCCAAGCAUGCACUGGAGCUUGAGGAGGAAGCUCAGGAGUUUCAGGAACCAUUUUACAAAGAUGCAGAAAUACAUGGCAGCUUGUCUGAAGAUGAGGACCACAGCUGGACCAGGACCUAUCACCUUCCUGUGCAUCAAAGGUUGCAUGUGUCCCGAGCUGCCAGUACAGCACCGUGCAGCCCCUAUGACUCUUUCCAGUCUAGCGUGGGCAAGCACUUGGGGAUGGAUGCGUUUGCCCCAUGGGUCCACACCAGUGACCCUUAUCUGGGAUACCCAGAGUGCACCAGGGGAGCAGAGCCCCACAUGCUGCACGAGGAGGCCACAGGGGACAGGGAGUUCCCGUCUCUGCAGCUGCCCUACGACGUGCUCAGGGAGGAGAACGCCAUGCUCAGGAGGGUGGUCAGGAGCAUGCAGAGCUCCUGGGAGAGCCAGGCGUGCACCGUGCGGAGGCUGGAGAGGCAGCUGAAGGCCAGCCUGGCCAAAGAGAAGAGGGAAGCCCAAGAGCUACAGUCCUUUGUCCAGCGGACUGAGUGGAGUCUCCAGCUAAUGACCCAGCGGGCUCUGGAGGCAGAAAGCAAUGUGGAGAAGCUGAAGCAGGAGAUCUUUAUUCUCCAGGGAGAGCUGGAGAGCUCCAAGAUGGAGAACGAAAACCUGAAAGCAGGCCAAACAACUGACCUGGGGGCAGUGAAGCACAACAUAGACUUUGCCUUGCAGAACCUCCACAAGGUAAUAACGAGCGCAAACUGGUCCAUCAGACAGCUUGCCUCUGGAGCGGAGUCGCUGCAUUUUGUUGCUGAGGUCCUUAAAUCUACCGGCAAAAUUUCCGAAGUUGAAGCAGAAAAAGAGCUAUGA